AUGUCUCUGUCCUACCAACAGUGUGAGCCUGAGUUCCAAUACCACAAAGGAGAAGAUCAUGACAUUGUUGAGUUUCAUGUCAAAGAUUUUAGAAAGGAUCAACUCAGAGUUCAUAUGAGCCGAAAUGGGGUCCUAACAGUUUCCGGCGAACGCCCUCACGACGGAACUAAAAGGAUCAGAUUCCACAAAGAAUUCAACCCUCCUAACGACUGCAAGCCGGACCAGAUUCGAGCCAAGUUGAGUUCGGGCGUUCUUUUUAUCACAAUACCCAAGAAACGACUCUCGCCGCAAUCUCCCGGACAGGAUCCUCAAACGCAAGUGCAUCGAACCUCUAAUGGAAACGUUGCACUGCCAAAAAUUGAAACCAAAUCGUUUAUUUCAAGGCUUAAGAUUAAGAGAAAGGCAGCAAUGAAGGUUGUUGCAGGUGUUGCAAUGCUGUCAUUAAUGUUUAUUGUGGUGUUUUAUGUGUACAAAGUUUAUGCUCCCGUGAUUAUGCAUAUUUAGGAACAGCAAAUCAUUGUCGACUUGUUUCCCUGAAAUGCAAAAAUUUGUUAAGAAAAUAGCGAUCAAUAACAAAAGUUUUUAA